AUGAGAAAUGAAAGCAAGCACACGGAAAAAACAAAUUUCGAAAAUGGAAAAAUAUAUGUAAUAUAUGACAAGAUUUAUGAUACACAUAGGAAGGAAAACAAGCGUAGGAAUUAUUACUGCAAAAUUGUGAGGUUCCCCAACCCUCAAGUGUUAAUAAUCAGGGCGUUAAGUGAAGUGUAUAAUUUGAAAGACAGAGUGGAGUACCUCCCUCGUAGUUACCCCUUCGGCGUACUAAACACACAUUGUUAUUUCAAUGGGAAAAAAAGGAGCGUAUACGAGACGCUGCUCCUUAUGCAUGCCCUGAAAAGCAAAAGGGAGUCAGCAAAGAGCGUGCGUGGCGAAUCGCGCGUGAACCCCCGAAACGAAGAAAAAAAUUACAAAGGCAACAACGACACCACAACAUUGACCAAGGAAGGAAGCGCCAGGAAACCUGAAGACCUCUACUUAUUUCACAUUUUGAACGAAGUCCACCAAGUGUAUGAAUAUUUUUUUUAUGUGUAUGGAACAUGCUACCAAAAGUACACUCGCCAAUUUUUCGUAAACAUAAAUCUAAAGUACAAUUUGGUCAGAGGGUUUAUAAAAUUACAAUACGUGAAUGACCACAUGUCAAGGAAGUACAAAAAUGUAUCCCUCGACAGUAUGUUGAAUAGGCUGAUUAAGCUGCUGAAUUUAUUAUCACAGCUUGGGAAGAAUUACGAGCGAGUUGAAUGCAUCGUCUUGUAUGUGUAUUUCUACACCUUUUUAUGUGUACCGAUUUGUUUCUACCCAUGGGGUUACCCCAAUUUCGAUCGAUUAAGCAGGAAAAUACUCAACGACGGAAACGUUAAUAUGAUUAUUAACCAUGUGCACGCCAAUAAAAAGAGCUUAUUUUCCCUCCUCCUACAUACGACAGAAGAACCAACUGGCUAUUUCGAAACUUACGAUUUCAACAUAGCGAUAUUGGCGAACGAAGUUGACGGGGGCAGCGACAAUUUGCACCCACGCAUCGAUGACCAAAAUUAUCCGUGUUACCUCGGCCAUAAUACUAGCCUGUUCGAAAAGAAGGAAGGGUACAUCAACUUGAGUGAAUAUCGCCUGCUCAAAGACAUAGGCUAUAAUUCGCUGGGACAGCUGUACAAGCCGUACUUCUAUCAUUUGAAAGUGUUGAGACGAACAUUUUUGUUUCACACCAAAAUGGAAAUCAUAAUGUUUUUUUUACGCCUGUUGGCCGAACAGGUGAUCGAAAUGGAUCGCCACUACAGAGGGUGUGUGAAGGGGGGGGAGUAG